CCGGCUGCUUACCCACCGGCGGUGCGUCCGUAUUUAGAGUUUAGAUGAGGUCCCUCACAAACUUGAAAAUCUGAAACUCUCUUCUUCCCCCCUUCUCUCUCUCUCAAAUGGCUACUUAUGCAGUACCAACUCUUCCACUUCAUCCACCAAGAACUAAUUUCAUCUCCUCUUUCAAUUUCCCACUUCAUUAUAACAGUUUAGUCUCUAAAACAAUAAGAACCACCAUUCCAACUCAAAAAUGGAGAAAUUCCAGAAGAAAAACAACAAUUUCAGCACAAGAAAGAAAAGUAUCAUCAUCACCAAACAAAAAAAGCAGUGAGAAAGGGUUUGACCCAGCUGGUUUUCUCACCAAACAUGGCAUUACGGAUAAGGGUUUUGCUCAGUUCCUGAGAGAAAGGUAUAAGAGUAUCAAGGACCUUAAAGAACAAUUCUUCCCUCGCUUUGCUAAUGUCAUGGAACUCUCUUCUGGGUAUGAGUUAAUGGGUAUACAUCGAAAUGUACAACACCGAUUGGAUUACAUGGAAUGGGCACCGGGUGCACGUUAUUGUGCAGUGGUUGGUGAUUUUAAUGGGUGGUCUAACACAGAACACAGUGCAGGAAAGGGGCAUUUUGGUCAUGAUGAUUUUGGGUAUUGGUUUGUUAUUCUGCAAGAUAAAGUAAAAGAAGGGCAAGUACCAGAUGAAUUGUAUUUCCAGCAGUAUAACUACGCAGAUGACUAUGACAAAGGUGACAGUGGUGUUACAAUUGAAGAGUUAUUUAAGAAAAUGAAUGAAGAGUAUUGGGAACCUGGAGAAGACCGGUUUCUUAAUAAGCGUUUUGAAGUGCCUGCUAAGUUGUAUGAACAAAUGUUCGGCCCAAAUGGACCCCAGACUGAAGAGGAAUUGGGGGAAAUACCUGACGCUGAGACAAGAUAUAGAGAAUGGAAAGAGAAACAUAAAGAUGAUCCUCCCAGCAACUUACCUCCAUGUGAUGUAAUUGACAGUGGAAAAGAAUAUGAUGUUUUUAAUAUUGUGGAUGACCCCGUUUGGCUGGAGAAGUUUAGAGCUAAGCAACCUCCUAUAGAUUACUGGUUAGAACUGCGUAAAGGAAGGAAAGCAUGGUCCGAGAAGUAUAAUCCAAGUAUCCCUCAUGGAAGCAGAUACAGGGUUUAUUUUAACACUCCUAGUGGCCCUGUGGAACGUGUUCCUGCUUGGGCUACUUACGUGCUUCCAGAAGUAGAGGGAAAGCAAUCAGUUGCAGUCCACUGGGAACCACCUCCAGAAGAGGCAUAUAGAUGGAAAAAUGAACGUCCAAAGGUUCCAAAGUCCCUUCGUAUAUAUGAAUGCCAUGUGGGAAUUAGUGGAUCAGAGCCGAAAGUUGCUUCUUUCAGUGAAUUUACUGAGAAGGUCCUUCUACACGUGAAAGAAUCCGGAUACAAUGCAAUUCAGUUGAUUGGGGUUAUUGAGCACAAAGAUUAUUUCACCGUCGGUUAUAGAGUGACCAAUCUGUUUGCUGUUAGCAGCCGAUUUGGUACUCCUGAUGACUUCAAGCGUUUGGUUGAUGAAGCACAUGGUCUUGGGAUGUUAGUCUUCUUAGAUAUUGUUCAUUCAUACUCGGCAGCUGACGAGAUGGUCGGCUUAUCCCUAUUUGAUGGAUCAAAUGAUUGUUAUUUCCACACUGGUAAAAGAGGUCAUCACAAAUAUUGGGGUACCAGAAUGUUCAAGUACGGAGAUCUUGAUGUUCUGCAUUAUUUGCUGUCUAAUUUGAAAUGGUGGGUUGAGGAGUAUCAAGUUGAUGGUUUCCAUUUUCACUCACUUUCAUCUAUGAUGUACACACACAAUGGUUUUGCUGCUUUUACUGGCGACAUGGAGGAGUAUUAUAAUCAGUAUGUAGACAAAGAUGCUUUGAUAUAUUUGAUUUUGGCAAAUGAGAUGCUGCAUGAGCUUAAUCCGAAUAUAAUAACAAUAGCAGAAGAUGCAACUUUUUACCCUGGAUUGUGUGAACCAACUUCUGAAGGUGGAUUGGGAUUUGAUUUUUAUGACAAUAUAACUGUAUCAGAGAUGUGGUUAUCGUUACUUGAAAAUGUCCCUGAUCAUGAAUGGAGCAUGAAUAAGGUUGUAAAGACGCUGUUAGGCAACGGACAAAAUACAAAUAAGAUGCUUAUUUACGCUGAAAACCACAACCAGUCCAUAUCUGGAGGGCGUUCAUUUGGGGAAAUAUUGUUUGGUGGGACUAAAGAGCCGUCUUCUGGUUCAGAAAAUAUGUUGCUUAGAGGAUCAUCAUUAUACAAAAUGAUUAAAUUGAUUACAUUUACGAUAAGCGGACGAGCAUACCUCAACUUCAUGGGGAAUGAAUUUGGGCAUCCAAUGAGGGUGGAAUUCCCUAUGCCUAGCAAUGAUUUCUCUUUUUCACUUGCGAACCGUCAAUGGGAUUUGGUGAAAGACAAGGGAGUGCAUCAGGAUAUUUUUUCCUUUGAUAAGGAUAUGAUGAAGUUGGACGAGAGAAUGUUUUCAAGAAGCUUACCCAAAAUUCACCAUGUAAAUGAUACUACAAUGGUAAUAUCUUACAUAAGAGGUCCCUUUCUCUUCGUUUUCAAUUUUCACCCUGAAAAUUCCUACGAGAGAUAUAGUGUUGGGGCAGAUGAAGCUGGGGAAUAUCAGCUUAUACUUGAUACGGAUGGUGUCAAUUACGGGGGACAAGGACAUCUUAAAGAUGAUCAAUAUCUUCAAAGAACCAUGAGUAACAGAAUUGAUGGACUCAGAAACUGCUUAGAGAUUAUGCUGCCUAGUAGAACUGCUCAGGUCUACAAACUAACUCGAAUUCUACGAGUGUGAACAAUUAUGCGUUCUGGAGUAAACUUUUGAAUGACACCAACCAAGGUCCAACAAAGGAAAUGUGAGGCGAGGACUAGCUGGUUUUUGCCCCUUUUUUUUUUCCUUUUUAUUUUAAUAGGAAAGAUAAAUUGAUUCAAUAGCUAAACUUGUUGUACAUAGAGUUUCUCUUUAGGACAGUUCCUAUGGGAAUGAACAAACCCAUAUUUUUGUUGAGCCAGGUGGAUGACCAAACUGGUUUUUCCAUUACGGUAAAGCACUGGGCGUUAGA